CAAAUCACACCCAUUUGGUUUGCUGUGUUCAGUGACUGAAAAGCUAUCAAAAGACAGCCAACUACUUUGGUCAAAUCGCUUGACGUGAAUCGUCUAUAAUGGACUACCAACAUGUUCUGGUCUAUUUCAUGUGGACUUUCACUGCAGUUUCUGCAGAAGAUGUGAAAUAUUUCCUGACGGGUCAGGACAUACACUUCAUGCCAUCCAUCUCUGAACGACCUAUUGAAUCUAUCUGGGUACAUAAUGACAAUGAUGUGGUAUGGUUUACUGGCACGGAGGACUAUGUGCCUUCUUCAUACAAGAACAGAAUCACUCUGGACCGAGUCUCUGCAGAACUCACCAUCAAAAACGCCACAUAUGAAGACAGUGGAGACUAUCUCCUAGAAAUGAACAUAAACAACGAACCUCGUACUUUGCUGUAUAGAAUUGAAGUUAUAGACAAAGUAUCCAAACCCAACAUAUCCUGUGAGAUGAGCGACACAAAGCAGGCGACACUUGUGUGCUCAACAGAGUCCAAACAUCCUCAUUUAUUAAAGUUGAAGUGGAGCUCACCAGGAAAGGAGCAGACUGGACCAAAUUUAACAAUAACUGUCAGGAAUGAAGAUGAUGAUCAAGUUUAUCGUUGUGAUGUCAGCAACCCUCUGACCAAUGAAACGGCUUCAUUCACCGCUAAGGACUGCUUCCUGGGUAAAAGAUCAGAGGCUCGACGGAUUGUCAACCUAAACUGUACCUUCAUUCUGUUCAUCAUCUGUUGUUGUAUUUUAUACAUCAAACGUCAAUAUCUAAAAGCAUGUUUUGAUAAAUAUAUUUGGAACAGACGACCAAGUGCAGUAAAAGUGUCCAAAGAGCGUGAUGAAAAGACAUCCUUCUUAGACCAAGUACUCACUCUUCCCUCCAACUCAGGAUUGAACGUGUUGACUGAGGAUAAGGAGAUGGAUUCAGAAGGAGCCAUGCGACUCUCUGCUUCUGUUCAUGCACGUCAUUCCUCUUCAACACGCUUAAACUCAUUCACUGGGAGGAGGGAGUCUGCAUACAGAAAUGAGGGUACUGUGUGGCACUGAACACCACAAAAACCAAGGAACUCAUCUUUGACUUCAGGAAAAACACCGCCCCUUUCUACAUCAACAGCGAGCAGGUGGAGAGAGUCAGCUCUUUCAGGUUUCUCGGCACCCCCAUAUCUGCUGACCUCUCCUGGACCCCAAAUAUCAAUCAAUCAAUCAAUGUUUACUUAUAUAGCCCUAAAUCACUAGUGUCUCAAAGGGCUGCACAAACCACAACUGCGGUCAUCCGGAAGGCCCAGCGGAGACUCCACUUCCUGAGGGUGCUGAGGAAGAAAAAACUGGAUGGUGACCUUCUAUCGCUCGGCUGUCGAGAGCCAGCUGACGUACUGCAUAACAGCGUGGUACGCCAGCCGCACUGAAGCAGAUAAAAAGGCGAUUCAGAGGGUCAGAAACUCUGCACAAAAAAAAAUCAUCGGCUGCCCCCCUCCCCUCCCUGAAGGAUUUACACAACUCCCGUUGCCUCAACAAAGCAAAACCACAUUACCAAGGACAGCACACACCCGGGCUUCCACCUGUUCCACCUGCUACCACCAGGCAGGCGCUACAGGUGCAUCAGAGCCAUGACAAACAGGCUCAGAGACAGCUUCACUAUCUUGAACUUAACCUUAUAAUAGAUUAUUCACCCCUACACAGCAUCCUACCCUGAUACCCUACUGUGCAAUAUUACCCUUUGAGCGCAAUACGUCCGACACCGAUUGUCAUUACUUAUUACUCCAAUACUCUUGUUUUGCUCUGUAUAUUGUACAGUAUUGUGUAUAUUGUAUAUUGUACAGGAUUGCUUAUUGUUUGUAUUGGAUAGUAGUCCAUUUAUUUCAAUUCCUAUUUUGUAUCUUUAUUACUUCUUAUGUGAUUUAUUUUCAUUCCAUAUUUCUUUCCACUGCCACAUCUUAAAUUGGAGUCCUUAAUCUCAUUAUAUGCAGAUAUAAUGACAAUAAAGUCCAUUCUAUUCUAUUGUAACCCCUGUGCCACCAUGCAUCAACUUACAAUAUUCUAACUUCCCUCCCCAGAAGAAUAGGCCAUUUUCCACAAGGAACUUUUUCAGGAACUUUCCCACUUACCCGAGUACAUAAAGUGUAGUAAAUGAAUGAAUGAAUGACGGAGUCUCACUUGUCUGUGAAGCACUUUGAGUGUCAAGAAACACGCUACUGUAUAUAAAUCUAAUCCAUUAUUAAAGCUUAUUUACCUGAUGUUGUAUGCUUUUACUAUUUACAUUAAAUAUCCACGGAAUGUAAUAUAAAUAUAACAUCUCAGAUUAUAUUUGUCAUUUCAGAGCCAGGACUAUUUCCUGAGCUCUGUCAUGUAAAUUUAAAUUGAAGGUCAUUAAAUGUGUCAUGCUGUAUAUUUCAGUGUUUGUUUAUCAAGUUUCUAUUAGAAAUAUGAUGUACAGUAUCAUAUACAUUAACAUGACAGAUCAUGUACAUUUGUGAUGUAAUCAAAUAAACUGAUGUCUGACGCUCA